GCAGCUAGUAUCGCGAGAGAGAAAUGACUUGCUCUAUGUUCCAAUGCUAAUAAACUUCUUGCCAUUUCACCCACUUUUUUUUUUUUACAACUUGCCACAUACCGUUGCCUGGUAUUAAUGCUAACAGCUGAACGAGGUUUCUUCUACUUGCUGAUUUCAAUGAAAGCCGUAAUUCUCGCCGCCGGUUACGGAACCAGACUCCAGAGGGAUGUUGCUACUGACAACAGCGGGAAGUUCGUUCACCUGACAGGCGUUGCGAAGCCGCUCCUCCCGGUGGGACACUGUGCUCUGAUAUCUCACUGGGUUCAAGCGCUGACCGCCUCUGACUGUGUGGACCGCAUCUAUGUCGUAACUAAUGCUCUUUACCAGGCUGCUUUUGAAGAAUGGGCUGCACAUUUCACAAAUGUCAGGAUUCUCAGUGACCAGACAAGAACCAAUGAUGAACGUCUGGGAGCUGUGGCCUGCUUGCAGCUUGCAGUAAAACAUUUUAAUAUUGAAGGCCAUGUUGUAGUAAUUGGAGGUGACACCCUCUUCAAAGAGGAUUUCAGCCUCAGCAAAGUUAAAGAGAAAUUCUCAGAUGUGCAGCGUAAGAGUGAAGACAGCUGUCUGGUGCUGUCGUACCACUGCAGAGAUGAUGAAACCCAGAAAUAUGGAAUACUGGAAGUAAAUGAGGAUCUCCGUGCCUUCUGCAUGAAGGAGAAACCUCUUCCUUCAGAGACCAAGUCCAGGAGAGCAUGUCCCUGUUUCUACGUGUUGUCAAAGAAAAGCCUUCCUCUGCUGGAUGUCUUCCUUGAUGAAAAGAAGAACGCUCCGAUUGAAGAGAAAGACGCUCCAGGAAACUUUGUGUCUUGGAUCAUUUCAAGGAAACCUGUUUACGUUCAUCAGAUAUCUGGACGGUUCGAUGUUGGAAACCUGCCCUCCUACAUUGAAUGUGACCUUUAUUUCAAAGAAAAGCUUAGAGAUGCAAAGUCUUACAUGGUUUAGAGGAAAUAGGACAAAGAUUUAUUAUAAUUAUGAUCACUUUCUUUUAAUUCAUAUACAUGAAAAAAAUCUAAUGUAAAAUCCUGGACAAAGAACUGUAUGUUUAUAAUGAAGUUUAUAAUGAAUAUUUUCUAAUAAACUGAUUUCUGAUCUA